AUGCAAGAGCGCCUUAGUUAUCGCAGAUUGGUGAACGAGUGUGCAGAGGCUCGCUUGAACAAUUGCUCUCCGAAUGCGAAGUGCAUCGACAAGGCGAUUGGUUACACCUGCCGCUGCGUGCCCGGAUUCGCUGACACGUCUCCAGAAGGCGCUCGACGACCUGGCAGAAUCUGCACUCAAUUGGUGAACGAAUGUGCGACGAAGCAGCACGACUGCGACAAGAACGCGAUCUGCCGCGAUGAGCCGAUCGGCUAUCGCUGCCACUGUCCAUUCGGAUUUGCCGACGCCUCCAAGGAUCCCUCGAAACCUGGUCGUCUAUGCGUUCAACGUAGGUUGUUGGUUUAG